AUGGCCAAGGUCGAAACGCUUUCUCUGUCCUCUCUUCUCGCACUCUUCAGCUCACAAGCUGCGUAUCAAGUUGGAUAUGCUUGGUUGUUUGGCAUGACUCUAUGGGUCACCUUCAUUGGAGGUGUCAUUGCAUUCAAGGCCCUCCCUAGACACCAGUUUGGUGCUCUCCAGCAUCGUACAUUUCCCAUCUACUUUAGCCUCAGCAUUGGGCUCUCGUCUGCGCUCCUUGGCCUGUGGACUUACAGUCACCCAGUGGUGCUCACGCACUACCUGAACCCCGCUGUAACGGACGUUGCUCAAGCCUACGCUCUGGUGACCGUCGUGCUCUCCAACUGUGCGAACCAGUUUGUGAUUGGUCCUAUGACCAGCAAGACCAUGUUCCAGCGUCAUCGUCUGGAGAAGGAGGAAGGGAAGGCAUACAACGAACCAGGAGUGUCUGAGAAGAUGAAGGCUCUGAACAAGACGUUCGCGCAGCUCCACGGCGUGAGCUCCCUGGCGAACAUGGCGACUUUCUUCGCGGUGCUCUUCCACGGCCUGUACAUUGGCAACCACGGUGCGGGCAUUAAGAACAUAUUUUAA